CUUCUAAUAAAAAGCUCUGGCACUGCAGGAUGGGUCAGGGACAGCUCUUAGCUCCACCAGAUGCAUCGAGGCUGCUUCACCGGGGCCGGCGCUGCACUGCCCAAGAUGAAACUCGUCACCAUGGCCCUGGCGUGUCUGCUGCUGGCUACGAUGUGGCUGCAGGAUGUGGACAGCAAGAGCAUGAUUGUGUCAUCCUCCAACUGUUGCUACACAUUUGUGGAGAAAAAGAUUUCCCAGAAGAGGAUUCAGUGUUACAGAAACCAGUUCCUCCUGCCCCUACUAUGGUGGCCUUGGGCGACCGUGGGCAGAGUCGAGCUGAAGGGAGGCUGAAAGAUCUGUGCCUUGAACACAGCCCGAUGGAUGAAGAAUGUGUUAAAAGGGAUAAAAACCUGCCCGUGAAAGCACGUGUGAGCAGAUUCCUUUCCACCCUGAACUCCAGAGACCUCAUGGUGUCACCUGUCCCUGCAGCCCCCAACCCCACACCAGUCCUUUUGCCCAACUUUACCAGGUUGUGGAGGGUCUGCUUGGUCUUGAUAAGCUAUGUUGUUGCACUUAUGUAUUUAAAUUCUGGAAUCUUCGUCUCCUGUUUCCCUGUACCUCUUGGACCCCACGGGAAUUCCAGGAUGCAAAU